AUGUCUGGAUCUCCAAGGCAGCCUCAACUGGAAGAAGCCCAGAAGGACCAAGGCAAUGGAGAGGACAGGUCUGGUCCUGAAAUGCUGGAUCCUCCUCAGAAUCCUGAGGGAGCCUCCUCGAGCCCCAUGGCCAUGGCCGCUGCCCCAUGGAACCAGUACCAUGCGGGCUUCAGCUGCAGUGAAGAACAGUUUUUGUUCUCCUGGCAGACACUGCCAACCGUUGAGUCCUUGAUGGGUUAUUCCAUUAAUGUUAAGAUGGCUGACUUGCUGUUCUUCCUGUUCACCAAAUAUCAAAAGAAGGAAAUUACUAGCAAGGAAGAAAUGCUGCAGUGUAUCUUCCAAGGGUGUGAGGAGCAGUUCCCUCAGAUCUUUCGUGUCAUUUCUGAGUGUAUAUAUCUGGUCUUUGGCAUUGAUGUGAAGAAAGUCAGCCCCAAUAGCCACUGCUACAUCCUUAUGCCUGCCCUGGGCCUCUCCUAUGAUGGGAUGGUGCCUGGUGUCCAAAGCUAUCCCAGGAUCUCCAUCCUGAUAAUCAUCCUGGGAAUCAUCUUUUUUGAGGGAAACCGUGCCACAGAGGAUAUCAUUUGGGAAGUGUUGAGUGGCAUGGGGGUGUUUCCUGGUGUUGAACACCCCAUCUAUGGUGAGCCCCGGAAAUUUGUCACUGAGGAUCUGGUAAACGAGCAUUACCUGGAGUAUAAGCCUGUGCCUUACACCGAUCCUCCUGAAUACGAGUUUGUGUGGGGUCCAAGGUCCCUCAUUGAAACCACCAAGCUGGAUGUCCUGGAAUUUUUGGCCAAGGUCAAAGAUACCACCCCUAGUGCCUUUAAUGAAUGGUAUGAGGAGGCUGUGAGAGAGGAAGAGGCGAGAUACCAUAUUCCAGAUCCUUCUGAAUGGCCAUAA